AUGAGCUCUAAGCGCAGUCUGUUGGUGCGGUUGGUGCCGUGCCGGUGUUUGCGUGGUGAGGAGGAGACGGUCACCUCUCUGGACUACAGUCACUGCAGCCUGGAGCAGGUUCCCAAAGAGAUCUUCAGCUUCGAGAAGACCCUGGAGGAGCUCUACCUGGACGCCAACCAGAUCGAGGAGCUCCCCAAGCAACUGUUUAACUGUCAGUUACUGCACCGGCUGAGUUUACCUGACAACGAUUUGAGCAUCCUGCCCCCCGCCAUCGCCAACCUCAUCAACCUCCGAGAGCUCGACGUCAGCAAGAACAGUAUACAAGAGUUUCCUGAAAAUAUUAAGAACUGUAAAGUCCUGACCAUCGUUGAAGCGAGUGUGAACCCUAUUUCUAAGCUCCCAGAAGGUUUCACACAGCUGCUCAGUCUAACUCAGCUCUACUUGAAUGAUGCCUUCCUCGAGUUCCUACCAGCGAGCUUCGGCAGACUGACUAAACUACAGAUUCUGGAGCUGAGAGAGAAUCAGUUAAAGAUGCUGCCCAAGAGCAUGCACAAGCUGAUGCAGCUGGAACGGUUGGACCUGGGAAGUAAUGAGUUUACUGAAGUGCCGGAGGUGUUGGAGCAGCUCACAGGCAUUAAGGAGCUGUGGAUGGAUGGGAACAAGCUGACAGUGUUACCCCCGAUGAUUGGGUCGCUGAAGCAGCUCAGAUAUCUGGAUGUGUCCAAGAACAACCUGGAGAUGGUGGAUGAGCAGAUCAGCGGCUGUGAGAAUCUGCAGGACCUGCUGCUGUCCAACAACGCUCUCACACAGCUACCCAGCUCUAUAGGAUCUCUGAAGAAGCUGACUGCACUGAAGGUGGAUGAGAAUCAGCUUGUGUGUUUGCCAGAGUCGAUAGGCGGACUCACGGCUCUGGACGAGUUGGACUGCAGCUUUAACGAGAUCGAGUCUCUCCCCGCCGCCGUGGGGAAGUGUGUGAACCUGCGCACCUUCGCUGCUGACCACAACUUCCUGCUCCAGCUGCCUCCUGAGAUGGGCUGCUGGAAGAACGUCACUGUGCUGUUUCUGCACUCCAAUAAACUGGAGUCUCUGCCUGAGGAGAUGGGAGACAUGCAGAAGCUCAAGGUCAUCAAUCUGAGUGACAACAAGUUGAAGAAUCUUCCCUACAGCUUCACUAAACUGAAUCAGAUCACUGCCAUGUGGCUCUCUGAGAACCAGUCCAAACCCCUGAUCCCCCUGCAGAAGGAGGAGGAACCCGACACACACACAACCGUCCUCACCAACUACAUGUUCCCCCAGCAGAGCCGAGCCGAGGAGUACGCUCAGAACUCGGACGGUGAGAGCUUUAACCCGACUCUGUGGGAGGAACAGCGUAAACAGCGAGCGCAAGUGGCCUUCGAGUGUGAUGAAGACAAGGAUGAGAGAGAGGCUCCUCCACGGGAAGGGAACCUGCGGCGUUACCCCACACCGUACCCCGAGGAGCUGAAGAACAUGGUGAAAACGGCGCAGUCUGUCGCUCACCGCCUCAGAGAGGACGAGUCCGGAGACGAGACGGUGGGAGAGAGGAACCACGUCGGGGUGCAGAGUGUAGGAGUGAAGGUGAUCGAAACUCCGUGUACCAACGGUAAAGCACACGAGCCGGAGUCCAAAGCGCCGGUCCAGAACUCCACUCCGGCUGAGGCGAGAGACGUUCCGGAUAACUCUGACACGGAGAGGAUCCCGCUGAAGAGCUCGGAGAACACCGGAUCUACCACCAACUACGAGGACACGCUCGAGGAAUCAGAGGAGCUGUCGUCUGAUGAAGAGGAGAUGAAGAUAGCUGAGAUGAGACCUCCUCUUAUCGAGAUCUCCAUCAACCAGCCCAAAGUGGUGGCGCUCAGCAAGGACAAGAAAGAUGACAAUAAAGAUGCCGACUCGUUGCUGGAUGAGACGGUGGCCAACAGUAACCAGAACAACAGUAACUGUUCCUCACCGUCCCGCAUGUCCGACUCGGUGUCUUUAACCACAGACAGCAGCCAGGACAACUCACUGUGUACACCUGAGAGAGAGACCAAGAUCCUCAUCCCCAAGAACAGACACGAGGACGAGAACCUAAACCAGCUGAAGGAGACGGUUCCGCUGCUGCAGAACUGUAACGGCUCGGAGAGCUCGCUGCAGACCGUCCUGAAGAACCAGCGCACCUACGAGAGCAAAUCUGGUACCGACAUGUCCGACUACGAGCUGUCCGUGGAGGAGAGGCUGGCGCUCAUCCAGAAGGACAUCGACAACGGCGUGUCCGAGCCGUACAGCACAUGGGAUCAGAUCAACAUGAACGUCUCUUACGGGAACACAGAGAAGACCAAGAGCACCACCCCCACGGUGGAGACCAGGCUCAGCAACAACAACGCAAGCUCCGUGGAGAACCUCAACAACGGGAACCAGAACGGCAAAGCUCAGCCGGUGGAAGGCAUGACGAGGCACGAGGUGGUCCGGACAGUGGUGGCGUCCAGCGAAGUGUCUCUGUCUCGCAGCACGGAGGAACUGACCCCUGAGAAGAGAUGUCCUCCAGCUACCGUGAUAAAAUCUCUGAGCAUCAGCAACAUGGAGGCCGGCGGAAUGAAGCUGUACUCCAUGGAAGCUGAGGUUCCUCCGUACGAGUGUGUAGUGGGUUCUCCGGCUGUCCCGGGCCCACAGUGCCAGAGCAUCGUUCGUUCCAAAUCGGCCUCACUGCUCGAUGACCAGCCACUGCACGUCCACCCUGGUUCCUCGGGUUCCUCCUCUGACCUCCUGAGCUCUGGCUCCCGAGUUCCUGCCCGCUACCCCGUGGCCCCCCCACCUCAGUAUAACAUCCAGUACGCGAGCAGCGCCAUUCCUAAAGAGAACCUGUGGUGCCAGCGUACCCCGUUGCCCCCUGAUCAGCCCUACCUCCCUCCUCAGCACUCCUUCGCCAACACCAACUACUCCAACCGCAACAACGCGCCACCGUAUCCCCACCAGUCCCAGCAGCGCGGCCCACCCAAAACCCCAGACCCGUGGGCGAAGGUACCCCCUGGUGUGCAGAGAAACCCCCUGCAGAGGCAGAGCAGCACCUGCUCCAACGCCUCCAUGGUCAUGGUGGAACCUCGCCGCGUCCCCGGCCCUGACGGUGACUACCUGAGCUACAGAGAGAUCCACAGCAUGCCCCGAGCUCCUCUACAGAUGAACCUCCAGAGACCCCUGUCGGCCCGCACCUACAGCGUGGACGAGGGGAACGCGCCACGCCCACACGGCACCCGCCCUACGCCGCACGAGCUGCCCGAGAGAACCAUGUCCGUCUGCGACUUUAGCUACCAGCACGGCAGCCCGAGCAAGAGGCCCAACAUCCGUGUGAAGUCUGAGCAUUCGCUGCUGGACGGAGCUCCAGGUGGCAGGGGGGCGGUGCCGGCUGACUGGAGAGACCACGUCAUGAGGCACAUCGAGGCCAAGAAGAUGGAGAAGAUGACCAUGCUGUCUCGGUCUUUGGCCACGCUCUGUGGCAGUCAGAGCUCUCUGGCCCUGAGCGCUGUAGAUGGACGGCAGUUUGGGUUCCACAGGCCCAGCGAUGAGAGUUUGGGUCCGUACGGACAGCAGGGCUACACCAUCGACUCACACAGAAAAGUGCCUUUGAUGAAUGGUCAGAUGUGCGCGCCUCCUCCUGCUCCUCUCCGCUCUCAGAUGAGUGCUCAGGUCCCGAUGGCUCGUCAUCCCUCCAGAGAGCAGCUCAUCGACUACCUGAUGCUGAAGGUGUCCCAGCAGCCCCCGGGUCCCCCGUGUCCCCUGCGCCACGCCUCCGACACCCUGACGCACGAGAUGCACGUGAAGAUCGAGAAGAAUCCUGAGCUGGGCUUCAGUAUAUCGGGAGGAGUCGGAGGACGGGGGAAUCCGUUCCGCCCUGAUGAUAACGGGAUCUUUGUGACCAGAGUUCAGCCUGAGGGACCUGCGUUUAAACUCCUCCAACCAGGAGACAAGAUCAUCCAGGCGAACGGUUACAACUUUGUUAACAUCGAUCACGGGAACGCCGUGUCCCUCCUGAAGAACUUCCCGAGCACGGUGGACCUGGUCAUCAUCAGAGACAUGGUGGCGUAGAGACUCCACAGAACCCGAGAGUGAAUGUUCACUUUUAUUUUUGUACACAGACGAGGAGGAGGAGGAGUCAUGUACAGCUGAACUGUUUUUAAUGGACAGAUGUGAGAGUUGUGCUGAAACGGGGCGAAACCACUGCGGCGUGGGGGCGGAGUCUCUGCAACAGCCUUCACUGUGGGAGAAACAACACGCACGACUAAACUGUGCUUUUCGUACAAUAUUUUUUAAUCAUUCACUGUCACGUACCAGGAGGAGAUGACCAGCAGGGGGCAGGGCUCUCUGUCUGCUGACAUCAGCAUGCCUUUAGUUUUAUUUGUAGUUUUAUUUUUAAAUCACGCUUCACUUCCUUCAUGUUUUUUCUUAUUUAAGAGCGUCCUCUGACUCAUGCAGCUGUUGAUCUGGAGGUCACUGCUACGUGCUGAGAGCAGAUCCUGAAUGUAGAACUGAUUCACUUUAAGGAAAGUCUAACCACAUCCACACAUCUUCACCCGGAACGUUCCGUCACGUCUCUGAGACUGUAACGUGACGCCAUUAGAACCGAGCUGUUCUGUAAAGAACCUCCACCUGAAAUGUGUGCGGGAGACGUGGUGAAGGGGAACGAGGAGAAGUUACGGAGGACGAAAGAGCACGGAGAUGCACGCGGACGUGUGUGGCGCACUGCAUGCUGGGAAAAAUCCGAUGUCAGAUGUUUUAUGAAUCUCACACCUAAAGGGCUUCCUCUGGAGAUGAGUGAUUUUCCUCGUCCCGAAUCUGACCACACCCACCACUCUGACCACACCCACCACUUUGACGUUUUUACUUCAUCUCUCUCUUUAAUUUCUUUUUUUCAUGUUUAAAUAGUUGCAGCGUUGAAGCCCUUUGUUUUUGCUUUCGGGGCGCGGGGGACACGGACGGACGAAUGAGAAGGACGUGUGAAGUGCCAUUUGACCCUGAUGUAUCUGAGUUAGGGUGAAAGGUCAUGACCUUUUUGACCCUGAGCAAUAUUCGCGGAUCCGCGCAGUCGAGAGAGCAGACGCGAGACUUCGCUUUCAGAAAGCAGAUUUGUCCAAGUGGAUUUUUUUAAAAGAAAUAACACGAGGAACUCUUUUAGUACUGCAUUUUUGAUUUGUGAUAGCGUUUUAUACUGUAAACCUUUUAGACAACAUAGGAAACGGCAUUUCUGAAUAUUUUGCAACGCUGUUCUUAAGUGUGUGUGCGUGUGUGUGCGUGUGUGUGUGUGUGUGUGGUUUAAUCCUGAAAUGAAUCCUGAUCUCACCUUAUAAAAAAAGAAAUUAAGAGAGAAUCCCUGUACGGUUCCGUCUCCGUUUCAGCGAUCUCCGAGCCGAUUGUUAACCUCCGAUCCUGAAAGGUUUAAAGCGGCGGUUGGUGUUUUGGGGCACGGCUCUGUAUGUACACAGGAAGUGAAUGUUGUACUGUGUGAAAUUCCUGCAUGAAUUCACUCUCUCGCUGAUUUUUAUUCUGAUGUAAGUUGUCGUGGUACUGAAGCGCUACACCAAUGAAUCUAAUCCUGAGGUCACUUCAUCAGCGCGUGGAUUCAAACGCUGAAUUAAACGCCGAUGAUCUGUAGUAAAGCCCAUCUAAUCUAAUCUAAUCUAAUCUAAUCGAUUUAGCGUUUUAACUUAGACUUGUCGUGACGUCAGAAUGCUUGACCCUGCACAUCAGUAAAAGCAGAGAAUCCCUCGCUCUCCUCUGUGCGUCUGCCGGAGGUGUAAUAAUCCUGUCCUGUCGUACUGUAUAAGCACUCUGUGUGUGUGUGUGUGUGUGUCUGUGUGUGUGUGUGUGUGUGUGUUGGUAGGGGGGGGGGGUUACUCCUGAAUUAAAUAAACACCCCAUGAUUCUCACAUUUUAUCAUCACCAGUGAAAUCUGACUCAAAUAAUCACAACCUGGAGAUCAGAUUUAUAUCAGAUUAUUUUUGCCACAUAGAAAAGAAGGUCUGGUCUUUCUGGACUCUCGCGGUUUUGUCUAUUUAUUCAGUGCUUUAGACUUUUACUUUCACUUUUAUUGAUUACUAAUGAAACUGUAAAUAACUCCGAGUUUACUCACGGCAUUACUGACCUUCUAGUUUAUAAAGACCAGCAAUAAACCCCGUCACAGCAGCGGUUUGUAAAUGGAUAGCGAUUUUAAAGGUUUCUCCUGAAGCAGCUACGUGAAGAAGAUCUGAUCGCUAUGCAUUUAUUCUACAUUCCAGAUUUUGUACAUAAUUUUAGGUUGAUGGUAUCCUGUGGAAACAAAAAAAAAAUAAACCAAUGGUCUUUUAGAAACGAGUCUGUCUGUUUUG